UACAUCAUCUGCAAACAUAAGCGCAACAAAGCCAUGGUUCAUUUCGACAGACUUACCGAUUUCCAUACGUGGCAUUCUGAUUGGAAAGUCUCCGUUAAGAUCGUCAGGAAAUGGAACAAGAGGGAAGCCAACGUCUCCACUGUUGAACUGAUUAUCGCCGAUGUUUUCGGCGACAAGAUGCAGGUAACAAUUAGUGAGAACCUAGUGGCCCAGUUCUGUGUACGUAGGAGGAUUGAGGAGGAUGAGUGGAAAACCAUCUCAAAUUUCGCGCAGGAAAAUGACACAUCCGCUGUCAAGGUCGUCGACACCAACUACGGGAUCAAAUUCACGGCUGACACCAUUGUUGAAAACAUUGAUGGCUUGUCGAACAACCACUUCAUCGACUACCAUAACUUCGACAAGAUUUAUGAUGGAUGGUCUGCUUUCAACAGAAACUGCUGCUUAGAUACGAUGAGGGAAGUGUCCGACGUCGAACCAACAAUAUUCGUUGAUGAUCCCGCUACUCCACGGUUUGCCGAGAAGUCCCGAAUGACCCGGUUUUCUUUGAGGAACCUUGAGGGUCAUAUCUUGAAAUGUGUAGCUUACAAUGAAGCAGCGGAUAAUUUUAACAACGAAUUUUUGGCUAGCCACAGGCAAACCAGUUGUUGCGGUGUUGCGUUUUUGGAGGGCUAAGUUUAAGGAUGAAUGUCAACGAGGAGGAAUGGAGGUGGUUAGCCAACCGGGUGUUUGGAAAGUGUUGUUUGAUCUGUUGUUUUCAGAGGUGCAAGAUUUCAAACUCAGGUUAGACUACUUCAACCAGCGUGAGAGGAUAGAAGAUGAUUCGUAGCUGAUCUUUGCAUUUCGGAAUGUGGAGUUUAUUUACAAUACUUUUACUACGUUUACAAACCUAUUCUGUAUU